AUUCCAAAUUUUUUAUUGUAAUACGAUAAUUGUUGAUUCAAUGAUUUAUUAAAAUACGUAUAUUUAAUAGUUCGCUCUUACUUAAAUCGAGCAAAUCUUAUUGGAAAAAUUCAUACGAUAUUAAGUACGCAUAAUUCGUUGAACCACGUUACGAGUUACCACUUUAAAUUCAGUGGAGAACAGCGAACAAUUGAAAAAUUCAUCGAGGCUCAAUCAAAGAUCAACAUGCUUACGUUAAUGCAAUUGCUAGAUUUAUCGUGUGAUGCCGAUGGAGUGAAAAUAUCAGACGUGCCUGAUUGGAAAAAUGAGGCGUCGCAUGGCCAGCAAAUGCAAGCGUCACGCAACCAGGACCAUGUGCAGCUGCAAAAACGCGAGCAGUUGCAUCGCGACAAAUUGCAACAGCAACGGGAUCGCGACAGCGAACGAGAACAUCUGCAUCAGUUGCAGUAUAUCGGUAACUUGCUGUUAGACCCUCCGCCGGCAACCAACUUCCAAGGAUACUCGCACGAUGCAUCUUGCACGCAAUCCAAUAAGAACAACAAUGUCGAUGGAGACAUGUCAAUUUCGGAUUUAUUCGGACUGGGUUUACCUCGGGGAUCGUUAAUAGGCAGUCAGUCAACAGCUGCAUCUCCCGGUUGCCGUAAUUAUCAGUAUCAAGGGCGCAAUCAGGCAUCUCAGCAUUAUCAGAGCGAUGAUAGGAACGGAAUUUGCUCGAAUUCAUCCAUCUUGGACGUUCCAAGCUCUCCAAGUUCUAUUACUACACCUGGCAGCCCUAGCACACCUGGAAGUCUGUACUCAAACCCUUACUCGUAUUCAUCUACAAACAGUAGUAAUCAGACAACAUCAUCGCCGAAGAGUCGAGGAUCUAUGCAGAAUGUGGGUUCACCAACAUCACCCAUUCAUUCUCCUUAUUACGGGAGACCUAUUCGUGGAUCACCACCUUAUAGUGACUGUAGCAGUCCCACUUUUGAAUAUCCUCACGUGAUGGGAUGCACUGGAUCAAGAUCGAACUCACCAGCGGAUUCAGAUACGAGUGGUAUAAGUAGUGUAGAUGGAUCUCUGUCCGAUAUAAUGAACUGUUUAUCAUUAAACUCGUCACACGAAUGUUGCCCUCAAUCUUUGGGUUCAUUGAUGUCGCCGGAAGUGGAUUUAUGUACAAAUAAUAGAGCAACCGCGUUUCAACGAAUGGCAAUGAAAAAGUAUUUAUCUUCGCCCCAUCAAAAUUCAUCGUCGACGCAUCAUCAUCAUUCACAUGGGCACAAUCGCGGUCAUCACUACGGAUCAAAUCAAAACGGCAGUUUCCUGAAUUCUUUUAUGCAUGAAAAAAAUUGUUGCUCCACUGGAAAUCAUAUGAUGGCUCUGAAUUCACCUCCGAUAAACAUCUUAGACCCGCAGCUUUCACUCGAACGCGUAGCGCGUUUUCAUCGAAGUGCUGCUGCACUUUGUGACCCAACUUGUACUUGGAGUGGCAUAUUACCGCAACGUAAUCAGAAACCAUCAGGUUAUUCAUCUAAAGUAUUCCUUGGUGGUGUACCUUGGGAUAUUACCGAAUCCCUUUUAAUUGCCACUUUUAAGCAGUUCGGUCAAAUACGAGUAGAAUGGCCAGGAAAAGAUCAGUCCGCUACGCAGCCAAAAGGAUAUGUAUAUAUUAUAUUUGAGUCUGAAAAACAGGUGAGAACUUUAUUGACAUGUUGUACACAUGAUUUUACCAAUGGUGGUAGUUGGUAUUACAAAAUAUCAUCUAAACGUAUGAAAGCAAAAGAGGUACAAGUAAUUCCUUGGAUUCUUGAAGACAGUAAUUACGUAAAAUCAUCAUCGCAAAAACUUGAUCCUCACAAAACAGUAUUUGUUGGUGCUCUUCAUGGCAUGCUAACCGCUACUGGUUUAGCAAAAAUUAUGGAUGAUCUGUUCCGUGGGGUUAUUUAUGCAGGGAUUGAUACUGACAAACAUAAGUAUCCAAUUGGAUCUGGCCGUGUUACAUUUAGUACAAAACAUUCAUACAUGAAAGCAAUUUCAGCUGCUUUCAUAGAAAUAAAAACUGCCAAAUUUACAAAAAAGGUGCAAGUUGAUCCCUACUUAGAAGAUUCUAUGUGUUCAGGAUGUUCUGUACAGCAAGGACCCUAUUUUUGCCGUGAAGUGAUGUGCUUCCGCUACUUUUGUCGUAGUUGCUGGCAAUGGCAACAUUCGAUGGAAUCAAUGUGGCAUCAUAAGCCUUUAAUGCGCAAUUCCAAAACAAAUCAAGUGGUCGGAUUAUCGCCAAAUGUGAAUUCCUGGCCCCGUGGAAUGAAUAAUCCCACAAUUUAAGUACAGUUACUAAGCUUCUCUUUCAUGGUCAUACAUUCAAUUCUUUUUUUUUUUUUUUUUUUUUUUGGACUAUUUGUUUUUGCGAGGACGUUGCGCUAGCUGACUUACUGACAGGGUGCAAACUUAGUUUUUAUCGCAGAGCUGCGGACAGCUGGUUUGACGAUAUACAUUGAAAUACCGGAUAUACCAGCUGCUCCACAAAUGCAACGAUUUGUUUAUUAUCGUUACUCUCACGUACGUCCGAGACUAAUUAAUGGCGAAAAAUCGUGUUUCAUAUAAAGUUCCUAUUUCGAACGCGGUGAUAACCGUGUUCUCAACAAACAGUAUUUUUAUUUAGUAUGUUUAUUUAGGGACUGGUUCUCUUGUUGAUCAUUUUAUUGCGAAGAGUGUAGUUGUGCCAUUAAGUAACACAUCACAUUAUACGAUAAUUAUGCGUUACGAGUGUGCAUUUACAUUGAAUUCGUGUGGGUCCAAUUGUGGCUUUUAUAGUGACAAUAAUUUUUAUACGAUAAAAUGGGAAGCCACUCGAUUGCUAAAGAAGAAGAGAAAGAAAGAAAAGGAAUCAGUUCACAAUGUUUAAAAAUCCACAAAAAAUACGCCGUUAUAAUAACCUAUCGGCGAAGAAUAUUACGCUUAAUCGUAAACUAUUUGAUGAGAUUAGAUUAUUGUGGUAUUCUAGCUGCAGGAAGAAUUAAGAAUUGAAUUAUUGUUAUUUUUUGCGAAGAACGCAUUUAAUUUGAGUACUAAUCAGAACCCAGGCUGUAUACCGACACUUGUCGAUAACAUCGCCCGUCGUUGUAGUUUUAUGUUACAUUGUACAGUGUAAGGGGUAUUGCCAAAAUGGCAAUUGCAAUCAUAAUUUAUAUUCUUAGCCAAGGUGAUAAGCCUUUGUGAGCUUUCGUUUACAGGGACUGUUUAACUGUUGACGAAAUGGAGAAGUACAUGGUCUACGAUUCUGGAGCGGAUUGUAGUAAAUUGAUUCUGUUUUUAUUUUUUGUUACAAUAUUAUGUUAUGUAUUUUCUUUCAAGAAGAUUUCGUAAUAUUACUUCUAAUCGCGUUUCUGAUGUUUUGAUAUAAUUUUGUUGAGUGAAUUAAAAAUCAUAUUUUUGCAGAUAGA